CCGCCAGGGGGCGCCACAUCCGGGGCGGAGACGGCACCGCCAUGGCGGCGGCGUUCAAAACUGUGGAACCAUUGGAAUAUUACAGGAGGUUUUUGAAGGAGAACUGUCGGCCUGAUGGAAGAGAGUUAGGUGAAUUUCGGACAACCACUGUCAACAUAGGUUCAAUUACAACUGCAGAUGGUUCUGCCCUGGUGAAGUUAGGAAAUACCACAGUGAUUUGCGGAGUAAAAGCGGAACUUGCUGCACCUGCAGUGGAUUCUGCUAAUAAGGGAUAUAUUGUUCCAAAUGUGGAGCUGCCAUCCCUCUGUGCAGAGAGGUUUCGCUCUGGACCACCUGGUGAAGAGGCUCAAGCAGCAAGUCAGUUCAUCGCAGAUGUGAUUGAAAAUUCACAGAUGAUGGUGAAAGAAGAUCUGUGUAUUGCCAAUGGCAAGCUUGCGUGGGUGUUAUACUGUGAUAUCAUAUGUCUGGACUAUGAUGGAAACCUUCUGGAUGCCAGUGUCUUUGCUUUGUUGGCAGCAUUAAAAAAUGUGCAAUUGCCAUUGGUUACGAUAAACGAAGAAACUGGUUUAUCAGAAGUUAAUUUAAAACAGAAGAAUCCUUUGAUUAUCAGAAAGCAUCCGGUUGCCACAUCAUUUGCUGUAUUUGAUGACACAUUACUCAUUGUUGAUCCAACUGCUGAAGAAGAAGAUUUAGCAACUGGAACAGUAACCAUUGUAACUGAUGAAGAAGGCAGACUGUGUUCUGUCCAUAAACCAGGUGGAAGUCCUCUUACAGGAGCCAAGCUUCAGGACUGUAUCACCAGAGCAAUUACAAGACACAAAGAAGUAAAGAAGCUCAUAGACAAAGUAAUAAAAAGUAUAACACCCAAGUGAACAAAAAGAGAGCUCUUUUCAAAAAUGGAUUUGUAAAAAUUGUAUUUGUUACAGUGUUCACAAACCUUUUAUACUAAAUAAACAAAUAUCAAUACUA